CGAAAAGUGAUUUCUUCACAUUUUUUAUUUUUGCUUCAUGAUUUAUGAAGCUCAUCGCAGAAAUACACGUGGUUAUAAAAAUAGGUUACCAUUACUUUAUUCACUUUUGUAGAAGUUUAAUCGCUUAGUGCGUUAUCCAAACAAGUCUGCAAAUGUCCUGAUUUUUUCCAAUUUGUGUCCUGCCUAAAUUCCUGAUUUUGAGACAUAGGCUGCUGCGACCCCUGCGGUAUCUUUCACAUGUUAAGUCAGUUUUAUAUUUAUAUGACAUGAAAACAGGACAAAAAUUACGGAAAUUUGAUUUACCUGUUGGAAAUAUAUCUGUUUGGCAAGACAAGGAGGAGAGAAAAAAAAGGAAUAAUAAUUAAAAUGUUUUUCAAUAUUAAGGAGUGAUCGACAUGAAUCAGAAAUCUUCAUACGCCGUGAAUCUUUUCUUUCUUCAACAACAAUCUAUACAUGUGAUCUUGCUCAAUCACUUGACGCUUCACUUACCGUAUUUAAGACAAUUGGAUUUCAAGGUGUUGAUCUUAAUGCAUUAACCAUUAAACAGAUUUUUGUGGAUUCAAAUGGAUUAGAUCCAUCAAAUUCAGAUAAAAUCCCAAUGUUUUUAGUUCAUAGAAAACAUUUACAAAAAAAUGGUCAAAAUCCAACAUAUGUUUACGCUUAUGGUGGAUUUUCAAUUGCGAUGACACCUUUCUUUUCAAUGGCUGUACUUCUCUGGAUUCAUCAUUUUGAUGGAAUAUUUGUUGGAGUUAAUGUUCGAGGUGAUGCUGAAUAA